AGCGCGUCCGCCGCUAGUACCCACCCUCGGCUCCGCGCUUUCGCACGCACCCAAAAGCACGUUCUAUUCGUGUUAUGACCGACGCUCUCGACAGUCUCGGACCCCAAUUCGACUUCGCCGACGACCUUGGAGGAGAGUCUGGCCAGAAAGCUAAGCAAGAUAGCUCCAACGCCCAAGACGUUCAGUCUAACUACAUCCACAUCCGCACGCAGCAGCGCAACGGCCGCAAGUCGCUGACGACGCUCCAGGGCAUCAACCCCAAGAUCAACAAGAAGGUGAUCCUCAAGGAGUGCAAGAAGAAGUUCAACUGCAACGGCACGAUCGUUGAUGACCCGGACCUAGGGCAGAUCAUACAGCUCCAAGGCGAUCAGCGGAAAGUCGUCGCGCAGUUUCUGAUCGACGAGAAGAUCGCGAAGAAGGACGUGAUCAAGAUUCACGGCUCUUAAACGCGCCGCGGCGUCGUGCGGGCGGGGUGAUCGCGCGCGUGCAGCGAGCGCGUAUUAUCUCUGGUGAGUAACGUAACUGGCGGUAUUCAGCCGUUACGCGCGCGGCGGCCCGCCCGGGGUAGACGCGGCUACGAAAAAACUGGCGAAUCGGCGAGAGCGAUUGACGAGCGAUGAGAUCUGACGCGGCGGGGGCGCGUAGUAACGUACGCGCCCUGGGCGUUUCGGGGGUGUUCAGACGACAGGGGAGACGGCGGAGACGGCGAAGGCGGAGUUUCUCUCUCUCGGACACGUGUUGUGAUUGAUAGCGUCUCUUAGUCGCCGAAUCUCGGCGGAGCGCGAAGAAGGCAUGAAUUCUUUUAAAUACAUUCCUUCCUUCGCGAG